UUUUGCAGCGAGACGAUGGUGGAAGGAGAGCGUGAGAGGCCGACUGGGCGACACAUGCGCAGCUAAGAAGGCUAGCUAAAAUAGCCAGGUCCCUGGGCAUGCAUAGCAAACAAACACUCCAUGUGGUCUCUCGAUCUCACCCCAUAAACCCCAUCCAUCGGGACCAAUCUUCGAUGUUCUUCCCCUAUCACUCCCUUGCUGCCUACCUUCACAGCUUCACACAUCAUCCCACUCACGCUCAUCAGCUAGCACAGCCCCUCCUCCUCCUCCUUCUUCUUCUUCUUCUUCUUCUUCAAUCCGGUCGCAGCUGCAAGACCAGAUCAAGCAGGAGAAUUUCCAGCUAGCUGUACAAGAGAAGCCCCGCGUAGAGGAGAGGAGGCCGGGGAAGCAUGUGGGAGUCGGAGAGCGACGCCGGCGAGCGGGGGCUCGUCCCCGUCCUCGGAGUCGGCGGCUCCGAAUGGCACGACGGGCUCAAGACCGACGGCUUCGUUCGCAGAGAUCACUCUUGGUAUGUCAACAGCGAUAUUCCCAGCGAUUUGCUUGUCAAAGUGGGAGACGUGAGCUUCCAUCUUCACAAGUACCCCAUGAUCUCGCGGAGCGGCAAGAUGGGCCGCGUCAUCUACGAGUCGGCGACGAGCGCGGCCUCGGCCUCGGCGGCGGCGCUGGACCCGGACACGGCCGUGGCGGAGCUGGACGACCUCCCCGGCGGCGCGGACUCGUUCGAGCUGGCCGCCAGGUUCUGCUACGGCAUGGCGGUGGACCUGACGGCGUCCAACAUCUCCGGGCUGCGCUGCGCCGCCGAGUACCUGGAGAUGACGGAGGACCUGGAGGAGGGCAACCUCAUCUUCAAGACGGAGGCGUUCCUCAGCUACGUGGUGCUCUCCUCCUGGCGCGACUCCAUCGUGGUGCUCAAGAGCUGCGAGGGCCUCUCGCCCUGGGCCGAGAACCUGCAGAUCGUGCGCCGCUGCAGCGAGUCCAUCGCCUGGAAGGCCUGCGCCAACCCCAGGGGCGUCCGCUGGGCCUACACCGGCGCCGGCAGCGGCAGGCCGCCCCGGAGCGGCGCGGCGAGCCCCCGCUGGAACAACGCCGGCGGCGGCGGCGGCGGCUCCAAGGAGUCCAGCCCCGGCCGGCAGCCCGUGCCGCCGUCCGACUGGUGGUUCGAGGACGUGUCCGUUCUCCGGAUCGACCACUUCGUGCGCGUAGUCACCGCCAUCAAGGUCAAAGGCAUGCGGUUCGACCUCAUCGGCGCGGCGAUCACCCACUACGCGUCGAAAUGGCUGCCGGGGCUCACCAAGGACGUCCCCCACGCCGUCAGCGGCGUCGACGAGCAGUGGGCUCAGGUCUCCGCGGCCGGCGGGCUCCACAUGAUCAUCGCCGGCCCGGGUGGCAAGGACGACGUCGCCACCAGCGCGCCGGCGCGCGAGCAGCGCAUGGUGGUGGAGAGCCUCAUCAGCAUCAUCCCGCCGCAGCGGGACAGCGUCUCCUGCGGCUUCCUCCUCCGCCUGCUCCGCCUCGCCAUCAUGCUCAAGGCCGCCCCGGCACUCGUCACGGAGCUGGAGAAGCGGGUCGGCAUGCAGCUCGAGCAGGCGGCGCUGCCCGACCUCCUCAUCCCCUCCGUCGGCCGCGCCGACACCGCCUACGACGUCGACCUCGUGCAGCGGCUCGUCGAGCACUUCCUGGUGCAGGAGCAGACGGAGCAGGUGUCGUACAGCCCGGGGCGCGGGGAGGCGCACGCGCAGCCGGAGAGAGAGUACUACGGAUCCGCCGCGGGCGCAAGGAUGCCUCCGGCCAACGCGGCGGCGGCGGCGGCUGCGUCAUCGUCGUCGGGGCUGGGGCUAAAUGCCAAGGCGCGCGUGGCCCGGCUGCUGGACAGCUACCUCUCCGAGGUGUCCCGCGACCGCAACCUCUCCCUGACCAAGUUCCAGGUGCUGGCCGAGUCGCUCCCGGAGUCGGCGCGCACCUGCGACGAUGGGCUGUACCGCGCCGUGGACUCGUACCUGAAGGCGCACCCGGCGCUGACGGAGCACGAGCGGAAGCGGCUGUGCCGGGUGAUGGACUGCCAGAAGCUGUCGUUCGACGCGUGCAUGCACGCGGCGCAGAACGAGCGGCUGCCGCUGCGGGUGGUGGUGCAGGUGCUCUUCUCGGAGCAGGUGAAGAUCAGCAACGCGCUGGCGGGGUCGUCGGCGCUCAAGGCAGCGCCGGACGGGGGGACGACCUCGGCGCCGACGCGGCGGCAGCUGCUGGACGCCACGCCGCAGUCGUUCCAGGAGGGAUGGGCGGCGGCCAAGAAGGACAUCAACACGCUCAAGUUCGAGCUGGAGAGCAUGAAGGCCAAGUACCUGGAGCUGCAGCACGACAUGGACGCGCUGCAGAAGCAGGUGACGCAGUCGCCGGCGGGCGAGCACGGCGGCAAGGUCGGCGGAGGCGGCGGCAAGGCGCAGCAGCAGCAGGGGCCAUCGGCGUGGAGCAACGGGUGGAAGAAGCUGGGGAGGCUGGCCAAGAUGACGGGCGCCGAGGCGGCGGGGGCCGGCGGGCACGGGCACGCGGCGGCGCAGGGCGAGGCGGCCAGGAAGGCGCAGAGGAGGUGGAGGAACUCCAUCUCGUGAUGGAUCAAUCGAUCGAGCUACCUGAGCAGGGAUAGAUGCAGUCAAUCAUGCUUGAUUAAUUAGGAGAAGCGAGAUGUUGUCCAUGGAGUUUUGCUUGUGAUUUCCGUUUGUGCAGACUGCGUGUUUAGCUUGGCACUUUGAUUUGCUUGUGUGCAGUUGCAGUUGCAGCAAUUGGUUUGUUUGAAUGUUUUCAA